CUACGCGAGUUGGUUAAGAAGAUCGAGGAGGAGCUUGGAGCAGCAAAAUCAACCAUAAAAAAUAAGCAGCUUUUGUAUAAAGAAUGUGUAGCUAAAGUAUCAGAUCUUGAAAAGUCAAUCCAUAGCCAUGCUGGAAAUCGAGAAAGUAGACUUAAGGAUUUAGAGAAAAAUAUAAAGGUGACUAAAAAUCAAAUGGAGGUUGCUUCUAAGAACCUCAAG